UUCCUAGCUGCUCCUUGGCUGUGUAGACCAAAACGCGAAUGAACAUCGACCGUGGAAGUUGACUGCAAGUGAAAAGCGCUGUGCUGAAGAAGUGUUCAAAUUACAUGUGUGUGACUAGCGCGAAGCAAAGGCCUCACUAGCCAAGCAGCAACACACGCAUAACGCCCUCACACACACACACAUCAUUCACAUGAUUCGUCUGCCUGCAGCCCGAGUCUGAGACCGUCUUGAGCCUUCCGCCCUCCUGCCGGAUCGACGCCUCGAUCAGCGGAACUAACAAACAACAACAGCAACACAUAUACAACAACUACGUCAACUACUAGCAACAACAAACGAUUUCGAGCUGCGCCCUUACUAAAUACAUUGGCAACAUUGUCUAAAUAAGAGUUAUAAUCACAGUGCAAUAUGCCGCCAAACGCGAAAUCGGAAACGGAGCCAGAGCCGGCGCCUGUGUCAGGCGCUGAGCCAGCGGCCGAGCUGGAGACGGCCAAUCAGAAGCUGGAAGAAACGACACAUCACUCCAAGUUUCGGGAACUGGAGCAGCAGGAGCAGCAGGCGGCCGAGAGUCAAAGAAUUGCACAAGUGGAAACAACAAUAGCACCAAAAACAACAACAGAGGCUGAGGAAGCUGCUACUACAUCCGUGCCGGUUAUCAAAAAGAUUGAGCAUGCUGGCGAGGUGGUCACUGAGGCAAUUGCUGAACGCACUGGACUGCCCACAUGGGGCGUGGUCGCGAUUAUAAUACUCGUAUUCCUCGUCGUCUUUGGUAUCAUAUUUUUCUGUGUGCGCAGAUUCCUGAAGAAGCGAAGAACCAAAGAUGGUAAGGGUAAGAAGGGUGUCGAUAUGAAAUCGGUACAGUUGUUGGGAUCGGCCUACAAGGAGAAAGUUCAGCCUGAUAUGGAGGAACUCACCGAAAAUGCCGAAGAAGGCGACGAAGAGGACAAGCAGAGCGAGCAGAAGCUGGGGCGUCUCAACUUCAAGCUUGAAUACGAUUUCAACUCGAAUAGCUUGGCCGUCACCGUUAUACAGGCCGAAGAGCUGCCCGCCCUGGAUAUGGGCGGCACCUCAGAUCCCUAUGUGAAGGUAUAUCUGCUGCCCGACAAGAAGAAGAAGUUCGAGACAAAGGUGCAUCGUAAGACCCUGAGCCCCGUCUUCAACGAGACAUUCACCUUCAAGAGUUUACCCUAUGCCGAUGCCAUGAACAAGACACUCGUAUUUGCUAUAUUUGACUUUGAUCGCUUCUCGAAACACGACCAAAUCGGCGAGGUGAAGGUGCCACUGUGUACCAUCGACUUGGCACAGACCAUUGAGGAAUGGCGCGACCUGAUCAGCGUUGAGGGUGAGGGUGGACAGGAAAAGCUUGGUGACAUCUGCUUCUCGCUGCGCUAUGUGCCGACCGCCGGAAAGCUAACGGUUGUCAUUCUCGAGGCCAAGAACUUGAAGAAGAUGGACGUCGGUGGAUUGUCUGAUCCAUAUGUGAAAAUUGCAAUCAUGCAAAAUGGCAAACGUUUGAAAAAGAAGAAGACAAGUAUCAAAAAAUGCACCCUCAACCCUUACUAUAAUGAGUCGUUCUCAUUUGAAGUACCAUUUGAACAAAUACAAGUAUGCGAGAAUGUAUUAUACUAUCCUAUAAAAACCUACUACUACUACUACUACAACUACUACUACUACUAUUACUACUACUACUACUAUUACUCUACUACCAAUACUACUGCUACUACUACUUACUACCUACUGUCAACUGUACCUAAAAGCUGUUCCUUUCUGAACUAUCAACCAACAACAAAACAAGUUUCAGUCAACAAACCCGCCUUCCAAACUCAAACCACACACUUAGCCCUUAUUCGUGCAAUUUGUUGUUGUUAAUAUAACUAUCUUUAUAUAUACAUAUAUAUAAAUAUAUAUUAUGUACAUUACAUCUAUUGAAUAUUCGUAUUCUACUGCCGAACUCUUAAAUCAAAAUGUUUAGCCAAAAGCAAACAAACUACAAAAUUACUUUCGUACUGCCCAGAAAACCCUCCAAAAACCCUACAACUUAUUUAAAUGUUAUAUGUGUGCCCCACCCAAAAAACAAUAUAUAUAUUGUAUAACUUAACCGAAAACGUAUUCAAUGUUCAAUGUUGUAUUUAACCAAAAAAACCAAAAAAAAAUUACACACUUUUUGCUUUAUGUUUUGUGUUCCUAUAUGUAUAUUUCGCUCAACGACUGCCACGCCCACAUGCCGGCUGUAAAUAAUAACAAUUAAGAUGCUGAGCGCAGCAAGUUGUUUGCGAAUAUGAAACCAAAAAUAUUUAAAACUUGCCCUGAUUUGCUUUUGUGUUUCGUAGUUGAUUGAGA